AUGGCUUUGUUCUCACCUAGGCUUCUGAACAUCCAACCAAGAACCUACUCAAAGUUCUCACUUUGUGGAGGAUGCUAUAGAAAGACUCAGUUAACAAGUCCUUCUAGAUUCUCUUUAAAGGUGCAACCACGGAGGGACAUCCGGCUCAGUAGUGGUAUCGUUGAAAAAGCUAGACUAUUUGAUUCGUAUGAGCAGGAUAGAACCAAUUCUUCUUCUUCUAGUCAUUCGAAUCUCACAACAUUCGCCCGGCAAUUACAUCGAAACAAGGUCAAGGGAGGAUUUUUUCCUGAACUCACCUCAAAAUCAGUCGCCUACUGGCUUCUUGGUUCGGCUGCAAGCGUGUUUGGAAUAGUAGUAUUUGGUGGACUGACACGCCUUACGGAAUCUGGGCUCAGCAUCACAGAAUGGAGGCCCGUAAGCGGCUCACUUCCUCCCCUUUGCCAAGCAGAUUGGGACUCUGAAUUCGAGAAAUAUCGAGCGUCUCCAGAAUUCAAGAUUCUUAAUUCUCAAAUGACGUUGCCUGAAUUUAAGAAAAUCUACUACAUGGAAUGGGGCCACAGACUUUGGGGGCGUUUCGUUGGAAUUACAUUUGUUUUACCAGCGACUUAUUUCAUUCUAUCGCGAAAAGUCUCUCUUCCUAUCUCUCUACGCCUUGUAUCAAUCUCUGGCCUUAUCGGAAUCCAAGGCUUCCUCGGCUGGUAUAUGGUGAAAUCGGGGUUAAAAGACGAUUUGUUUACACCCGGCUCUCAUCCUCGAGUCUCUCAGUAUCGACUUGCCGCUCAUCUCGGAACUGCCUUUACAUGCUUCACAACAAUGCUAUGGAAUGGCCUUGCCAUUCUCCGAACUCAUGCUCUUCUUUCGCAUCCUGCUCGUUCUCAUGCUCAUCUAUCACAAUUAUCAUCUCCCGUUCUAUCUAAAUUUCGUAAAUCUGUUGCUCUUCUGUCACUUCUAAUAUUUACCACUGCUCUCUCAGGUGCUUUCGUGGCGGGCCUAGAUGCCGGCUUGAUAUAUAACCAAUUUCCUAGCAUGGGCGACGGCCUAUAUCCACCCAAGGAGGAACUACUUGACACAUUUUAUUCCCGUAAACCGGAUCACAGCGACCUUGUUUGGCGAAAUAUGCUCGAGAACCCAAGUACAGUUCAACUUGACCAUCGUAUAAUGGCUAUCACGACAUUUUGUGCGGUGAUGAGCCUAUGGGCCUACACCCGGUUCAACCCUCGCAUCCGUAAAAAUCUUCCUGAUGCCGCACGAAAAGGAAUGUUAAGCGUGGUUCAUCUUGUGCUUCUUCAGGUGUCGCUUGGGAUAUCCACACUUAUCUACCUUGUCCCAACAUCUAUAGCUGCAAUGCAUCAGGCUGGUGCCUUGGCUCUGCUAACUGGAGUAACAGUACUUGGAAGCAGGGUGUGGAUUCCAAAGCGCACGUGGAAUAUAGUCAGAAGUCGCUUAGAAGGAGCCGCUGCUAUGCAUACUGAAAAGCCCUGCAUAUCCCGGGCAGCAUUUAAGCAAAUACGAGCUUACAAUCCACCAAGUCUUUGA